AGGGAGGAAUACUUCUUUGAUUUUUCAGAGCUCAUUACUAUUUGUUUCGAGAAGAAGAAGAAGAAGAAGAAGAAGAAGAAAUGUCUGUGCUGUGGCUUGUCCAUUAGUCCCAUGAUCUCAUCUACCGAACCCCCUUUCAUUAUUAAUUGAUUGAUAUUCCCUGCUAAAGAAAAGCAUCCAACCUCCUCCUUCCUUCUCUCUCCGCAGUUGUUAGUUCACCGAGGAGGGGGAGGGGGAGAGAGAGAGAGAGAAGCAGGCAGAGAGAGAGAGAGAGAGAGAUGGGCGUAGCAGGGGGCGAUCCGCUGACCAAGAGGGCUGCUCUGAUGAGGGAGUCCCUCCAGAAGAGCCAGACCAUCACUGACAACAUGGUUUCGAUCCUGGGCUCCUUCGACCACCGCCUCUCCGCCCUCGAGUCCGCCAUGCGCCCCACCCAGAUCAGAACACAUUCAAUAAGAAAAGCUAACGAGAACAUUGACAAGACUCUGAAGGCAGCAGAAGUUAUAUUGGCACAAUUCGAUACUUAUCGCCAGGCUGAGACUAAAAUACUGAAAGGGCCACACGAGGAUCUUGAAAGUUAUUUGGCUGCCAUUAACCAAUUGAGAAGCAACAUCCGAUUCUUUAGCAGCAGCAAAAACUAUAAGAGCAGUGAGGGAAUGCUCAAUCACACCAAUAACCUGCUUGCGAAGGCCAUAUCAAAGCUAGAGGAGGAGUUUAAGCAGCUCAUUGCAUCUUAUAGCAAACCUGUGGAACCUGAGCGUCUUUUUGAGUGUCUACCUAACUCCUUGAGACCGUCCUCAGAGGGCGAUUCUGGUGGGAAUAAUCACUACCCGCACAAUCACUCCAAUGGCAACUCAGCAGAUAAUGCAGUAUAUACUCCGCCUACUCUAAUACCUCCAAGGAUAUUGCCUCUUCUGCAUGAUCUAGCCAAUCAAAUGGUUCAAGCAGGGCAUCAACAACAAUUGGUCAAAAUUUACCGGGAUGCUCGUUCCCCGGCUUUGGAAGAAAGUCUUCGAAAGCUAGGUGUUGAAAAGCUCAGCAAAGAAGAUGUUCAGAAGAUGCAAUGGGAGGCUUUGGAGGCGAAGAUUGGAAACUGGAUUCAUUUCAUGCGUAUUGCUGUCAAAUUGCUCUUUGCUGGAGAAAGGAAAGUCUGUGAUCAAAUAUUUGAAGGUUUUGAGACUCUUAGGGAUCAGUGCUUUGCUGAAGCUACUGCAGGCAGUGUCUCUGUGUUGCUUAGCUUUGGUGAUGCAAUUGCCAAAAGCAAGAGGUCACCGGAGAAAUUGUUUGUUCUUUUAGACAUGUACGAGAUAAUGAGAGAACUUCACUCCGAGAUUGAAUCUCUUUUCCAGGGCAAAGCUUGCACUGAAAUUAGAGAAUCUGCAUUGGGCUUGACGAAGCGGCUGGCUCAAACAGCCCAAGAGACCUUUGGAGACUUUGAAGAAGCAGUCGAGAAAGAUGCUACAAAAACUGCAGUUUCAGACGGAACUGUACACCCUUUGACGAGCUACGUCAUCAACUAUGUCAAGUUUUUAUUCGACUACCAAUCAACGUUGAAACAACUCUUUCAAGAAUUCGAAACUGGGGAUGGAUCGAAUUCUCAGUUAGCAGAGGUGACAAUGCGAAUAAUGCAGGCUCUUCAGACCAAUCUGGAUGGAAAAUCAAAGCAGUACAGGGAUCCUGCUUUGACACAUUUAUUCCUCAUGAACAAUAUACAUUAUAUGGUCAGAUCAGUUCGAAGGUCUGAAGCCAAGGAUCUUUUGGGUGAUGAUUGGGUACAAAGGCAUCGGAGGAUUGUCCAGCAGCAUGCCAAUCAGUACAAGAGGAUUGCUUGGGCAAAGAUUUUGCAGUGUCUUUCUGCUCAAGGCUUGACAUCAUCUGGAGGUAGUAGUAAUGCAUCAGUUGUGGAUGGAGGAAAUAGUAGUGGUGCUUCGAGAGCUUUGGUCAAAGACAGGUUUAAGACUUUUAAUAUGCUGUUCGACGAGCUUCAUCAGAAGCAAUCUCAGUGGACAGUUCCUGAUACCGAGCUGCGAGAGUCUCUGAGGCUUGCUGUUGCUGAAGUACUUUUGCCAGCUUACAGAUCCUUUGUCAAACGUUUCGGUCCUUUAGUGGAGAGCGGAAAAACCCCACAGAAGUACAUCAAGUAUACAGCCGAGGAUCUCGAGCAUAUGCUAGGUGAAUUUUUCGAUGGAAAGAACGGGACUGAGCCCAAGCGGUAGAUUUUCAGCCUGCCAGUCAUGCAAACUAUAGGUGCACCAUGCAGAGCAGAAAAACCUAACAAGGCUACACUUAUUUAUGGAGCUGAGGGUUAUUGCUUGAAGCCAGAAGGUCUAUGUGUAAAAUUCUUUUACAUAGUCGAUGCACUCACUCGGGGAAAGGGCAAUGAGAGAGGAAACGUAGUACGUGUGUGUGAAAUUCUCUGUAUAUUGGUGUGAAUAGGAACAGCAGAGCAGAUUGUUGUUUCAGUUUCAGAACAGAGAAGGUAUGUUUUGGACAUGGAGGAUUUGAUUUUCAAUCAGAAGCUGGGCUUGUAAUGACUUGUUCUGUUUGGGUGUUGCUGCUA